CCCGCCCUGCCUUGCGACUCUCCCGAGCUCCAGGAGGCGGAGGCUCACAUUAACGUUCUCUGGUCAGACACGGGCGGUUGUGUAUCCGCGAGCUCCACUGAAGCGAUUCAGGAGGAACAACAUUUAAAAGCAACUUCGGUAUAAACUGCUUGUUCUUGCAACUAGUAGCCGAAACCGUGUCCCCGUAUCCAGCGUUUUAUCCAGCGUUUCCUUUCUUUCCCGGAGAUGUGUGACAUCUUGGAAAACUAGUAGCGGGUAUCGCUGCACACCGAAGCCAGGAUGAGUGGCAGCUUCUCGGUGUCCGGCUCGGCGUCCUGCCGCUUCGCACACUACUUUGUUGUUUGUGGGAUAGACACAGAAACUGGACUUGAACCAGACGAACUAGCAGCUUUGUACCAAUGGCUAGAAGCAGACCGCCAGGGCAGGGAUCCAGACACUGCAGCCACAGGUGAAAACUUGGAGCAGAGUCCUCUGAAGAGAACGUUCAAGUCCAAAGUGUUGGCACGCUACCCGGAGAACCUGGAGUGGAACCCCUUCGACCAGGAUGCUGUCAACAUGCUGUGUAUGCCUAAAGGCCUGUCGUUCAGGACGCAGGCGGACCAGCGGACUCCACAGUUCCACUCCUUCAUCAUCACCAGGGAGGACGGUUCUCGGACCUACGGCUUCGUCCACACCUUCUACGAGGAGGUGACCAGCCCGCAGAUCUGCUCCGCCAUGCAGACCCUCUACCAGAUGCACAAUGCAGAGAGCACCUCUGCCAACACCCCCUCUUCCUCCUCCUCCUCCUCCUCCAGCAUGGACUCCCUGGCCAGCAGUUUAGACGAGGCCGACUCCCCCACCUCCUCCUCGACCCGCAGGGCGGGCAGCUACGACUCUUCACGGGACACCCUCUACGUCUCCAAGGCCUUGUGUCUGAUCACGCCCAUGCCCUUCAUGCACGCCUGCCGCAGCUUCCUGUCGCAGAUGCACAGGGCCGUCACGGCAACCACCGCCCCCCCGCUGCCGCUGGAGAGCUACGUCCACAACAUCCUGUACGAGGUGCCGCUGCCCGCCCCGGGACGCUCGCUCAAGUUCCACGGCGUGUACGAGCCCAUCGUGUGCCAGAGGCCGGGGCUCGGGGAGCUGCAGCUGGCCGACUUCCCCCUCGCCGAGGCCUUCAGUCUGCUGGGAGUGGAGAACCUGGUCCAGGUUUUCACCUGCACCCUGCUGGAGAUGCAGAUCCUGCUGUACUCACACGACUACCAGCGGUUGAUGACGGUGGCAGAGGGCAUCACCACCCUGCUGUUUCCCUUCCAGUGGCAGCAUGUCUAUGUUCCCAUCCUGCCGGCCUCUCUCCUCCACUUCCUGGACGCUCCGGUUCCCUACCUGAUGGGCCUGCAGUCCAAAGAGGGCACAGACCGCUCCACACUGGAGCUUCCUCAGGAGGCCAACCUGUGUUUUGUGGACAUUGACAACCACUACAUUGAACUUCCAGAGGACUUUCCCAAUUUCCCCAACAAGACUGAGUUCAUCCAGGAGCUAAGCGAGGUACUGCUAAGCCAUGGCAUUUCCGCUAACACGGGGGCCCCUCCGCGGACUCGCACCAGUCCCGGCAGCGCUCCCGGCAGUGCUCCUGGCAGCACCCCCUCCACUCCUGGAAGAGAGCGCAAGACGGUCGCUCUCCGGCAGCUGGAGGACGACGGGCGUAACGGUAACCUCGCAGGGGAGGAGCUGGCUGUGCUGGAGCUGCUGCAGGGAAACGCCACCCUGGAGAGACUGCAGGCGCUGACCAAACGCACCGGGGUGACGGUAGCACGAGUGGACGCCCUGAGGGCCGGGGUCAAAGCUCAGGUGACUGAGGGACAAGGGGGACGGACAGCAGCCGAAGAGGAGGAGCUAAGGAACGCCAAGCUGAACGUCCAGCUGAGGGAGGUGUUCGCCAGCCGCUUCACCACCAUGUUUGCCGACUACGAAGCCUUCGUCAUCCAGAGCGCCCCGGACCUGGAGUCGUGGCUCACUAACAGGGAGCAGAUGCACAACUUCGACAAGGCCUCGUUCCUGUCCGACCAGCCGGAGCCCUACCUGCCCUUCCUCUCCCACUUCAUCGAGACGCAGAUGUUUGCGACCUUCAUCGACAACAAGAUCAUGUCCCAGUGGGAGGACAAGGAGCCGCUGCUGCGUGUCUUUGACGCUCGCAUCGACAAGGCCCGCCUCUACAACGUCCGCGCUCCCAGCCUGCGCUCCUCCAGCUACCAGAGGUGCACCAUCCUCAAGGAGUCUGCUCAGACCAUUGAGCAGCGGCUGAUGAAGAUCGACCACACCGCCAUCCACCCCCACCUGCUGGACAUGAAGAUCGGUCAGGGCAAAUACGAGCAGGGAUUCUUCCCCAAACUGCAGGCUGACGUGCUCAACACGGGGCCGGCCAAUAACAAGUGGUCUCAUAGGACGGCGACAGCUCAGCGAAGGAAAGAGCGUCACCACAGACAUCAAACAGAGCACCUGGGCCUGGACAACGACCUGAAAGAGAAAUACAUGCAGGAGGCCCGCAGCUUGGGGAAGAACCUUCGACAGCCCAAACUGUCCGAUCUGUCGCCCGCCGUCAUCGCCCAGACCAACUGGAAGUUUGUGGAGGGGCUGCUCAAGGAGUGCCGCAUGAAGACCAAGCGGAUGCUCGUGGAGAAGAUGGGCCGGGAGGCGGUGGAGCUGGGCCACGGUGAGGCCACCAUCACGGGGCUGGAGGAGAACACUCUGAUCGCCAGCCUGUGUGACCUGCUGGAGAGGAUCUGGAGCCACGGGCUGCAGGUCAAACAGGGGAAGUCGGCCCUGUGGUCCCACAUGCUGCACUACCAGGCUCGAGAGGAGAAGCUGGAGCAGCAGCAGCAGGCAGAGUCACCAGUGUCACAUAUUCCUGAAAGGAGGAAGUCUGACUGUUCCAUGGCGUUGCCGUCUCUACGUGUGUCUCUCAUACAGGAUAUGAGGCAUAUCCAGAGCAUGUCUGAGAUAAAGACAGAUGUGGGCCGAGCGAGAGCCUGGAUCCGUCUCUCCCUGGAGAAGAAGCUGCUCUCCCAACACCUCAAACAGCUGCUGUCCCGACAAGCCUUAACCAAGAAGCUGUACAAGCGUUACGCUUUCCUGCGCUGUGAGGAGGAGAAGGAGCAGUUUCUCUUCCACCUGCUGUCUCUCAACACCGUCGACUACUUCUGCUUCACCAGCGUCUUCACCACCAUCAUGAUCCCGUAUCGAGUUGUCAUCAUCCCCAUCAAGAAGCUCAGCAACGCCAUGACGACCUCCAACCCCUGGGUGUGUGUGUCCGGAGAGCUGGGCGACUCGGGCAUCAUGCAGAUCCCCAAGAACGUCCUGGAGAUGGCCUUCGAUUGUCAGAACCUGGGGAAGAUGACCACGGUGCAGCUGGGACACGACAACGCCGGCCUCCUGGCUAAAUGGCUGGUGGACUGUGUCAUGGUGCGCAACGAGAUCACAGGACACACAUACAAGUUCCCAUGUGGCCGGUGGCUUGGUAAAGGUGUUGAUGACGGCAGCCUGGAGAGGGUCCUGAUCGGGGAGCCGGUGCUGCCCAGCGGAGAGGAGGAUUCUGGGAGGGCCUGCCACACACCCCCGCUGCAGCGCUCGCCAUCCCAGAUCCGACGCAUCAGUAUCACGUCGCUGUCAGGACGAGGAUACAAACCGACUUCAGCCCAGAUCCAAGAGGCCAUCGGGGAGGCCGUGAACAACAUCAUCAAACACUUCCACAAGCCGGAGAAAGAGAGAGGCAGCCUGACCGUGCUGUUGUGUGGAGAAAGCAGCCUGGUGUCGGCUCUGGAACAGUUCUUCCGUCACGGCUUCAAGUCCGCCCGGCUCUUCCAGAAGACGGUGUUUGUGUGGGACUUUGUGGAGAAAGCUGUUGCCUACAUGGAGUCAGCUGACCAAAUGGGAGACCUUCAGGAGACAGCGGAGCCCCUGGGACGGACCUGUCAAUCACUCUGUCACUACAUCAACGCCAUCAACUCCAACCCCAGGAACAUCGGCAAGGACGGGAAGUUCCAGCUGCUGGUCUGCCUCGGAGCCAGAGACCGCCUGCUGCCCCAGUGGCUCCCCCUGCUGGUGGAGUGCCCGGUGAUCCAGCGGAUGUACGAGGACACGGCCCUGCUCAGGGACCGAGCCACCGUCAGCGCCCACAUCGAGGUCCUCGAGACGCUGCACGACUUCCCCAUCACACUGGAAGCCUCCAUAGUCAAAGGCAUCAUCCUUUAGCGCCAGGAGACACGCAGACCUACGUUUUCCUCUAAAACUCCCCCUCACCUCCACCACCUUCACCCAACCUCCCACUUGCACCCUUUUGGCUCUGGGAUGAGCAGGGAAGGAGGAAGUGAGUGACAGAACUAUAAAGUGAAGGGAGGUUUGAUUACCAAAGCAAAAGAGAAGUAAGACUUUGGGUCCACCAUGAGCUUUGGAUGCAGUAUUACCCCAGCAGUGCUUAAUCGUGUUUUAUUUAGUGUCCAAUUUAAAUACCCAAAUUGGACACGCUUCAGGUUCAAGGAAGUCCUUUUUAAGCAACAUAAAACUUGCUUUUAAUCCAUCGAGACCCUUACCAGCCAUGUGUUAUCUCUAAAUACUUUACAUUGCACUGAUAUGAACUGAAACAGUGGCUGCUUCGAGGGACAACAUAGCAAAGGUGUUGAACAGAAUAUACACUGGUUAAAUGUUCUUAGCAGAGUAGCAGACGUUUCCCUGUGUGCUAGCUAUGUAGCCUAGCUUUCCCUCAGUAGGUACAACUAGAUAAACUCAUGUAUUCACUUUCCUCGCCUGCGGCUAGUUAGCAAUAGCAUUAGCGAGCAUGCCUUUUGAGAUGUGGAGAGAAGAGACCCUGAAACGAGGGUUUUGACUCUGUGUUCUACGGCCUCUCUUUAUUUUUAUCCUCUGGACUUGUGUUGGGCAUUUUCUCUGCUUUAAACGUGCGGAUGAACCCAAAAACUGAUCUCAGUGACGAGAGAGUCAGGAGCUAACCUGUGGCUACAUGGACAUUCCUACCACUCAAGUACAGGCAUCGACCUGGCUGUUUUUAAGCAUGUGUGUGUGGUCCACUGUGUGUCAUAUUUCAAGGAUGUAUGAUCUCUGGUGUGUGUUUACCCUGCUUAGGUUUUUAUAUUGUUCAACUUUAUGUUUUGGAAUUGAUUGAUAUUAUGCGUGUGAGCCUCACACCUUUAUUUAUCAUUCUCAAACAGCUCGCCAAUAUCACCACUUAACUAAAAGGGUCAACAAUUUUUUUUUAACUCAAGGUCCAUUUAAUACUUUUUUCACAGCUUUUUUGUGUUUGCUUGGUUGUCAUCGCAUGGCUAAAGUAGAGAACUUUGUAGUUAAAAGAUCUGGAUAAAGCUAGUAAGGGGACAUGUGUUGAGAUUAUUUUUGUCAUUGUGAUAGUCCUACGGUCAAGAAUGAACUCAAGCAAGCACAAUUUUACUUAUUCUGAAUGAAUGUAGGUAUCACUGGAAUACAGAAGUGUUAUAAGUAGAAGAUGGUUUUAAGGGAAUCAGCCACUAUCAGUUUGGUCUACCCAUGAAACAUGUAAAUCCUACAUGUUGUCUUUUCAUGACAAAAGAACAUUAGUCUUAAAUGAUGUUUUACCGUAUAAGAAAUGUAUUUGAUAUCAGUGCAGGGUUUUACAAACUAGCUAUUAAAACGUUUAACUUGACAACAUGACCCCUGGAGAGGCAGAAUCUUGUGUUUAGUUUUUGAUCUUAAACACUUUAAUUCACCAUCCUCCUCCGUACUUGAUAUUGAUGGGUGGAAACUCUAUAAACUGUUCUUUUUAAGAUGCAUUUUAUUUCCCCAUAAUGUUGCUGCAUGAGAGAUAUUCCCCUCUUACCGCCGUCUGAAUGAAUCCUUUCUGAGAAAUGGUGUAAAUAUUGUCAUUAGUGCAUGAUGACACGUAGACUGAGCUGUAUUUAUUGUGACUCUUAUGAAUUUUAGAUGGACCAUGAGUAUUGAGAGGACAACCACUGGAAGUCUUUGCAACCUGUGUCAUUUCCCUCUCCAGUAUUGAGCCUGUGAAGGACCCACAACAUGUUUUUGUUAAUGUCAUGAUUUCAUGUAUUUAUUCAUUUCACUUUAAUUCAUAGAAGGCUGACAGAAGCACUGGAAUUUAAGGUUGAUACAGCCUGCGGAUUUACUGGAAACUUUGAAGCAGUAACUGUUGAACCUUCAUGUGAUUUUAUCAUGUUUUAACCCUGUGUCUCCUGCUGUGUACCUCUAAUGCCUCACCUCCAGGACUAUGCUCUGCUGCAAAGCACAUAACAAGCAAUAACAGAUUCCUAUGUCUGGUCCCCGAUUAGUUUGUAUACGAACGCUUUACUACACAUGGCUACAGGGAAGACUUCAAGUGGGAUAAACUGUUGUGGAAGAUUGAGAUUCCUCCUUCAGCAAACUUUUCUUACAACGGUGAACACAUCGUGGUAUGAACCCCGAGUGGAACUUCUUGAACAGGAAAUGCUACCAAAAGCCAUGACAGCAGUUACAGUGCAUGCUGCUCAUAGCAAGAAGGCCACCGGACGAACAGAUGUGUCGGACUGACUUGUUGUUCUGAUAUUUAUUAUGCCUAUUUCAAUAAAAGCACCCAGUGUGUUAAAGGUG